AUUCAUAUCGCUUAACUAGUUAGUAGGAAAUAAAAUGAAGAGCUCUACUACCUCUAUGCAGUUAAUUCCAACACUUUUCUUCUUAACCAUUCUUCUUGCUUCACCAGAUAUAGAGAUGGUUGAAGGACAACAAAUGUGUGAAGCAAAGAGCUUGGACUGGAAGGGUAUGUGUCUGAAAUGGAGGAAUUGUCGCCAAGUAUGCAUUAGCGAAGGUUUCACUGACGGUCGUUGCAAAGGAUUCACCCGCAAAUGCAUUUGUAGCAAACCUUGUUUUGUCCUUCCUAAUUAAGUUCUUGUUUCUCAUUAUUUUGAUAUUAAAAUUUUAAAAUAAUAACACAAUUCAUUAUUGAUUGAUUAAAA